AUGGGAUACGCCAUUUUCGUUUUUGGCCCAGCAGGAUCCGGGAAGUCGACUUUUUGUAGGAACAUACGAGAACACGGUGAGAACAUGGGAAGAAGCUAUAAGGUGAUCAACCUAGACCCUGCACAGAUCUCCGCCGCCGACGACUAUUCCAUUGACCUCAGAGACUUCAUCACCAUCAACGAUGUUAUGGAAGACUACGACUACGGACCAAACGGUGGGCUCUUGCUUGCAUUGGAGGAGCUCUAUGAAAAUAUCGAGGAGCUGGGAUUGGAGGAUCUUGAGGGAUCCUUCCUUGUUUUCGAUUGCCCAGGCCAAAUAGAGCUGUUCAUGCAUUCCGAUGUAAUGCCCAAGAUCAUCGAGCAUGUGGGUCGGUACUUCAAGUGCGGGGUUGUCUAUGUUAUGGAGUCCCAGUACCUGGUUGACAUCAAUAAGUAUGUAAGCGGAUGCUUCUGUGCACUCAUCUCGAUGGCAAGGCUCGACGUUCCUUGCAUCAACGUGAUUUCCAAAAUGGAUUUGAUCAAAAAUGAGGACUUGGAGGUGUUCUACACGCCGACCGAGGAACUUUCGAUGCUGAUUGGAGCAGGAAAGUAUUCAAGAAUAUGUAAAAGAAUGCUGAGCUUUGUCGCCGAGAACAACAUGCUAGACUUCCACCCACUGGACUGGAGCAAGGAAGAAUCAGUCAAAGGGAUUCUCCACUGCAUAGACAGUGCCGUGCAGUACUAUGAAGGCUCCGAGCCCAGGGCAAGAGACUUUGAUUGA